AUGGCGAUCGAUAAGAAAGCGAAGAAAGUGAAGAAGGAAAAGAAGGUUAAAGACAAGACAGCCUCGAAGACAAAGAAAGAACGGGAAGCCAGCCCCAAGCCCGCUGUUCGCAGACUCAAAGCCAAGACGUCACCCCGCACGGCCAAGCGAAAGUCAGCCCUGAAGCCCACAAGUUUCCCGAAGGCAGAAGAGCCUGCUGCUAAGAAAGCAAAGCCUGCGAGCGCGGGCAACAAGCAAAGCACACCCGAGGUCACGAAAGACAGCAAGCCGCCAAAGCCUUCUGCAGCCAGCAAGAAGCCGCAAGCCGAGGGCCAGACAGACAGCAAAAGCAAAGCCGAAGCCCCCACAGGCCCCGUAGGCAGCAAGCAGACCACACCCGAGGUCCCGAAAGACACCAAGGAAAGCAGGAAGAAGGCUAAGCACGCACAGGCCAAGAGGGAGAAGAAAGAGCGGAAGGAAAAGAAGAGAAAAGAGAAAACAAAGGCAGCCGAGCAAUCCUCUGAGGAGGACCAGUCGAAGCCUGGGCCAACUUCGGAGGCCACCGCCAGUGACGCCCCAGCAACACCCAAGAACCUGUUGCCAGACUUUGAGACGCAGGACUGGGUUAUGGGUUGUCAGAUAAACACCGAAGACACCGAGAUCAAUGCAGAGUACUUGGACAACCUGCUUGGGGAGCUCGCGGUGAGCGACGAGGAAGCUACGGAGGAAUCCGGGAAGUCAUCCGAAGAUGAGGCGUCAUCGAGUGCAGUCGUGGCUGCCAGCUCCGACGAUGACGCUGAAGAGGAUGGCUCGGGCCCAGGCGACGAUGAGUCAGACGCCUCCCACAGCAGCGGCGGUUCCUCUUCCUCUUCUGAGGACGAGGAGGAGAGUGAGGGGGAGGAGGAAGACUGUGCUGAUGAAAAGGAUCAGCACGGUGCUGAUGGAGAGAAGGAGCAAGUCUCUGCAGCCCCUGCAGCAGAAAGCUUGGCUGUUGUGGCGGCAGGACCAGUGACGACCCUGCCGGCGGGUGCCAACUUGGCUUUGGUUGCGGCCAACGCGGGAGACGCGACGCAGGCCAAAGCCAACAGUACGACAAACAAGAAGGAGUGGGACACGUUUACCCGCGAGUGCAAAAAUCGCAAGGUGUUUCCGGUUGAGCUGAGCGAGUACUACGAGAAGAACAAGACCGACCUCUUCAACCUGGUGAAAGUUCACGUCGAGCGGGUUCGCGAGAAAAAGAUUACCUCGCGCUCAGGAGCGCAAGGAAUGAAGCAGCACGAAAUCGCAAAGAUUUAUGAUGAGGUCAAAACGCAAAAGUUGUGCGCCAAGCUGAAAGCAGAGGGACGCUUCUACUACGAUCCAGAAUUUCCAGAAGACGAGACCGAAAUCUAUUAUUACCUCAACAGACCCCGAAAAGUGAACGUCGACAACAUCGCAUCCGAGAGAGCCAACAUGACGGCUUCAAUGCAAGUGGAAGAUUCCGAUGUGAUGGCGGAACUCACAGGUCCUGAUGGAGUGUUUGCGGCCGGCGCCAUGCCGGCGGUGAAAGUCGCGACUGUGGCCGGGGAAAAAGCUCUGGUGGACAGCAUAGCAGAAGCACCGACUGCGAAGGGAACCAAAAAGCCGAAGAAGCAAAAGGGUGAAGGUACCGCCGACCCCGUGGAACCGGCCACGGCCAGAGACCAUGCGGAGGAUCUCUCGAAGGAUUUAUUGAAAGCCAUCGGCGAUGCGAGAAAGCUAUCGUUGGCCUUGCAAGGUAUCGAUUACAGCGACAAGCUUGGAAGCGAGCUGAUUUCGUUUGCUGAAACGUGUGAGAAAUCGUACGUCAAGGUGAACAAAGCCCUCCUGAAGAAGAAGGACAAAAAGGAGGGAAAGACUUUCGACGAGUUCAUCGCCUUCGCCAAGGAGAAGUUGGAAUGGUUCCAGGGAGCCGAGGCUGGUGUUGCUGCAAAAUGUAGCACACACAUCGAAAACCCAUACAGCCGAGAAUAA